AUGCUCACUCUUACCCUGGCCACAUUCGUUCCGGUCAUCAUUGCCAUCCUGAUCCCAUGGCUGGCCACACCUGCACAUGCACUCCCUUCGUUGAUCAAAUUGACCUCAUACGCUCCAGUCGCCGCCGAGUGUCCAUCCUCCGGUCUCACAAGAGAUGCCAUCGGUCUGUGCUCUGGUGAAGCGGAGUACCGCACGAACAGAUCAAAGGUGGCUUCGCAGCACCUUAGGGAAUGGUUUACUGCUGUCAAUAAGGACAUGCCAGAGAAGGAUCGGUUCGAGAUUGAGAAGGGAGUGGAGAUGCCGGUUAUUGGAUUGGCGAGUAGUGGUGGCGGGAUCGGGUCCAUGGUCAACAAUGCUGGGUUGGUGCAAGCCUGGGACAAUCGUGAUUCCAGUUCUGUCAAGAGUAAUAUGAAGGGCUUCUACCAAAGUAUAAGCUAUCAUGCUGGAACCUCAACGGGCGCCUGGCUGUUGGGAGGCUGA